CACCUCGCGCCCGCGAAGAGCGCAUCGCAGGAUAGGAUAAGGGGGGCUCAUCGCUCCGGCUGCAUCCUCAGGAGCGCCAUGAAUGCGAGCCGGUCCGGCGGGGGCGCCGCGAGCUCCAGCGCGAGCUCCGUGGACGAGCUGGUGAUCACCUCCACCUUCGGCACGCUGCUGUCCCUCGUGUACGUGGUCGGGGUCUCGGGCAACGUGUACACGCUGGCCGUGAUGUGCCACUCCAUCCGCUUCGCCACGUCCAUGUACAUCUCUAUCAUCAACCUGGCCCUGGCGGACCUGCUGUACCUCUCCACCAUCCCGUUCGUGGUGUGCACCUACUUUCUCAAGGACUGGUACUUCGGGGACGUGGGCUGCCGCAUCCUCCUGAGCCUGGACCUUCUCACCAUGCACGCCAGCAUCUUCACGCUCACGGUGAUGUGCACGGAACGUUACCUGGCCGUCACCAAGCCUCUGGACACGGUCAAGCGCUCCAAGAGCUACAGGAAAGCCAUGGCGUGGGGCGUGUGGCUCCUGUCCCUGCUUCUCACCCUGCCCAUGAUCAUCAUGGUCAACCAGACCACUAGAAAGGCCGCGGACGGGGGUCUCAAGCGCAUGUGCGCACCCACCUGGGCGCCUCAGGCGUACAAGAUCUACCUGACUGUGCUCUUCUGCACCAGCAUUAUGGCACCGGGGCUCAUCAUCGGCUACCUGUACACGCGCCUGGCCAGGACGUACCUGGAUUCCCAGAGGUCCUCGGCCAUCAACAAAGGCAGCAGCAACAAGCGCUCUCCAAAGCAGAAGGUGCUGAUCAUGAUCUUCACCAUCGUGCUGGUAUUCUGGGCUUGCUUCCUACCCUUCUGGAUCUGGCAGCUCCUGCCCCUGUACCACCAGCCCCUCAGGCUGGCCUCGCACACGCACACGUGCAUCAACUACCUGGUGGCGUGUCUGACCUACAGCAACAGCUGCAUCAACCCCUUCCUCUACACCUUACUGACCAAGAACUACAGGGAGUACCUCAAGAACCGCCACAAGAGCUUCUACCGCUACACGUCCUCCUUCAAGAAGCGGCCGCCCAGCUUGUACUCGUGGGGAAAGUCCGCGUCCUCCAGCAACCAGUUCGAGUUCAACUCCGAGACGCUGGUGAUGGCGCAGUUGAAGCUGCAGUGAGGCGAGGACGGGCUGAAGUGAUGGGACAGGGAAACACAGAGCACAGAGCAGCCGUGCUGAGGGCUCCAGCAAGGUGCAAAUCUCCGAAGCUGAAGAGGGACCCUACGGCAAAGUGGGGUCAGCAAUCCCGUGAUCGGGGUCACACGUGAAG